AUGCCUCAUAGCAGCGGUGAGAAGAGAGGUAGCUCAUCUUCAUCCAAUGACCAUGAGAAUGAGAAUCAAAAGAGGCAGAGGUUAAAAGAGGCAGCAUUGGCCCGCAAACAGGCGGAGGCAGAAAGAGAAAUGCAGUCCACACCAGAGAGACCACUGGCAACCAAUACUACGGUAACCCCCCCUUCUGUACCUACAGAAGAGUACAACCCAGCAGGAGUUGACUCCCAACUUCGGAAGAGUGCAGGGAUACGUAAAGCACUGCAAGACGAACAAGAGGCUGACGCUGGAGCUGAUGCUGGAGCUGAUGCCAUGGAGCAAGAAGCUGAUGCAGGGGAAACUACUGUACCAUGUCCAGAGCCUCCAGCACCUCAAGCACCCAAUAGGGCAACCGCUGACCCUCAGUACUUGCCGAAGGAAGAGCAGCUAGAGAUACUGAGAAGGAGUGCCACUAAGGAGAUGAUCCACAUGAAUUUGAACAAGUUUGUUGGCAAACGCAUUUUUCCUAAUGCAAAGUUUCCACUAUCUGAAUUGCACAACAAGGCUGUAUGCAAGUUGGCCGUAGGGUCAGAGGUGGUGAGGUUAGACCAAGGGGUGGACCCAGAAGUAUUUGCGGAAGAGUACCACAAGAGUGUGAAAGAACGGAUGGCGGCAUUGCGACUGAAUUGUCACAAUGCUGCAAGAUCAAAGUUUCUAAAUGACCUGAAGCUUGACAAAGUCCCAUCCGAUAGCUUGGUGGUCGAUCUCCUGGAAAAGAACACUGAUGCAGCUGUUGGAUACAGGAGUUGUGGCCAAGGAUAUCGAGACUACCUGACAAAGGAUGGCACAAAAGAGGAGACCAUCAGCAACAUCUUCACCGUGAGUAACGAGGCAUUUGCCCUGGUGCUACUUGAGAACUAUGAGAGUCGUUGGAGGAAACAGCAUGAGGAUCCCAAAUCAGCAAGACUCCGAGGUAAGGAACAUGCUGCUAUAAGCAAGGAGUUCAAGGCAAAAUUCAUAUCAAGUGACGAUGGCUUGAAGCUGAAGUCAUCUGGUUGGAGCCGACAGGGAAUUGAAAGCUACAACAAGAAGUUGAGUUCAAUUGGUAGGUUAAGAAGGCAAUCCCGCACAGGGGCAGCCCUAGAAGAGUACAAACUGUGGAAGAUGCGUGGUGGAGCAGACAUUUAUGUAAAGGGCACAGUGCCUCCUACUGCAAACGAGAGACAGAUACCUAUUGCUGAAGGAUCGCUGGCUGUCCUUCCGGAAGCAUUGGAAAGUAUGUUUGCAGAGGUCUAG